UCAUUAUUCGAUACAACAAUAUUCAUUAUCACCUCCUAUUUAUAUCUCCCAUUCUCACAUUUCUCUCCGUUCACAAAUCUUCUCAAACAAGUCUUCUUCAUUCCCUCUCCAAAAAUGGGUAUUUGCAGUUCAUGUGAAUCUACAUCUAUUGCUACAGCAAAAUUAAUACUACAAGACGGAAGAUUACAAGAGUUUCCAUAUCCAGUAAAAGUUUCAUACUUAUUACAAAAAGAUCCGACAAUAUUCAUAUGUAACUCCGAUGAAAUGGAUUUCGGAGAUGUUGUUUCUGCUAUAAGUGCUGAUGAAGAGCUUCAACCAGGUCAACUUUACUUUGCUUUGCCAUUAAGCAAUUUGAAACGUAAGCUUAAAGCUGAGGAAAUGGCAGCAUUAGCUGUUAAAGCUAGUUCUGCAUUGAACAAUUGUGGUGGUGAUCAGAAAUAUGGUUGUAGAAAAAAAGGUUCCUAUUUUAUUGUAGAAAAGGGUAAAGGGGGAAAUAAUAAUAAUAAUAAUAAUGGUGACGUGGCGGUGGAAUUGAGAAGAGCGAGGAGUAGUGGUGGUAGUGGGAGGAGAGGGAAGUUUACGGCGAGGUUAACUGCAAUACCUGAGUAGAGUUAAUUUUUGGGGGGAAAACAAACUGUUCAUCUUUUUUUACCAUUUUUGUGAAUAGUAGAAAGUUAGUUGAGGUUAAUAUUCAAGAUCUGCUUUCUGAUUAGUGGGUGGUUCAAAACUCGGGAUCUACAGUUUUUUUUUUUGUUUUUUUUGGUUAGAUAAAUGUCUACUUGUCAGCAGAUAAGGGGUUGUAUCACAAUUUUACCUCUAGCUCGAUGAGUUUGAUUGAUGAGCAAUGGAGUAAAAUCUAAAAUCUAAAUGAGAUUUCUAUAAAUUUGCACACAUUCACUACAACU